CAGCCCAGCUCCGGAUCUCGGCCUCCACCGGAUCUUACUCGCCACACCCAGACGGGCAGCGGGAAGAGAUCGGACCCUCCCCAAAAUCCGGGACCCCCCCCUCCUUCACACCCCUAUCCUGACCUGUUCUCGCUCCUCUCACCACUCCCCUUCACUUUAGGCUGGCGCAUGUAACUCUGGGAAGGCGAACUAGGGGCAGAGGACAGCAGAGAACCGGGUCUAGCCCAGAGUCAUGGACAGUUGCUACAACCCAGCUCUGGGUGGCAUCCCCGAAUAUGAUUUCAAAUUCAGUCCUUCCAUUGUGGAGGCCAAGGAUCCAGCCCCAGAGGCAGCUGAUGUCCCCUACCUAGUGAUUGUGGAACAGCCUAAACAGCGAGGCUUCCGAUUUCGAUAUGGAUGUGAAGGCCCCUCCCACGGAGGCCUUCCUGGGGCCUCCAGUGAAAAGGGCCGGAAGACCUAUCCCACCGUCAAGAUCUGUAACUACGAGGGACUAGCCAAGAUUGAAGUGGACCUGGUAACACACAGUGACCCACCUCGCGCUCAUGCCCACAGCCUGGUGGGCAAACAAUGCUCGGAUCUAGGGGUCUGCGCCGUGUCUGUGGGGCCUAAGGACAUGACUGCCCAAUUUAAUAACCUGGGUGUCCUGCAUGUGACCAAGAAGAACAUGAUGGAGAUUAUGAUACAAAAACUUCAAAGGCAACGACUCCGCUCCAGGCCCCAGGGCCUUACAGAGGCUGAGAGGCGGGAACUAGAACAGGAGGCCAAAGAGCUAAAGAAAGUCAUGGAUCUGAGUAUUGUGCGUCUGCGCUUCUCUGCUUUUCUUCGGGCCAGCGAUGGCUCCUUCUCCCUGCCCCUGAAGCCCGUUAUCUCCCAGCCCAUCCAUGACAGCAAAUCUCCAGGGGCUUCAAACUUGAAGAUUUCCCGAAUGGACAAGACAGCAGGCUCUGUACGGGGUGGAGAUGAAGUUUACCUGCUUUGUGACAAGGUGCAGAAAGAUGACAUAGAAGUUCGGUUCUAUGAGGAUGAUGAGAAUGGAUGGCAGGCCUUUGGGGACUUCUCUCCCACAGAUGUUCAUAAACAGUAUGCCAUUGUGUUCCGCACACCUCCCUACCACAAGAUGAAGAUUGAUCGGCCUGUAACCGUGUUCCUGCAACUGAAACGCAAGCGUGGGGGAGAUGUCUCAGACUCCAAGCAAUUCACCUAUUACCCUCUGGUGGAAGACAAGGAGGAGGUGCAGCGGAAGCGGAGAAAGGUCUUGCCCACCUUCUCCCAGCCCUUCGGCGGUGGUUCCCACAUGGGCGGAGGCUCUGGGGGCUCGGCUGGAGGUUAUGGAGGAGCCGGAGGAGGUGGCAGCCUUGGCUUUUUCCCCUCCUCCUUGGCCUACAGCCCCUACCAGUCCGGCGCAGCCCCAAUGGGGUGCUACCCGGGCGGCGGGGGCGGGGCGCAGAUGGCGGUGGGGGCGCCCAGCGGGGAUGCUGGUGAGGAAGCGGCCGAGCCCGGCACCCCGCAAGGGGAACCUGAGGCUCCCGACGCGCUGCAGCAAGCCCGCGAGUACAACGCGCGCCUGUUUGGCCUGACGCAGCGCAGCGCCCGCGCCCUGCUGGACUACGGCAUCACCGCCGAUGCGCGCGCGCUGCUGGCAGGACAGCGCCACCUCCUGGCGGCGCAGGAUGAGAACGGAGACACGCCACUGCACCUGGCCAUCAUCCAUGGGCAGACCAACGUCUUUGAGCAGAUAGUCCAUGUCAUCUACCAUGCCCAGCACCUGGGCAUGGUCAACAUCACCAACCACCUGCACCAGACGCCCCUGCAUCUGGCAGUGAUCACUGGGCAGACAAAGGUGGUGAGCUUCCUGUUGCAGGUGGGUGCGGACCCAGCACUGCUGGAUCGGCACGGAGACUCGGCGGUGCACCUGGCACUGCGGGCAGGUGCCGGGGCCCCAGACCUGUUACGUGCACUGCUGUGCAGCGGGGCUCCUACUGUCCCCAAAAUGUUGCACAUGCCUGAUUUUGAAGGACUGUACCCAAUACACCUGGCAGUUCGGGCCAGAAGCCCUGAGUGCCUGGAUCUGCUGGUGGAUAAUGGGGCUGAAGUAGAGGCUGCAGAGAGGCAGGGGGGGCGGACAGCCCUGCAUCUAGCAACAGAGAUGGAGGAGCUGGGGUUGGUCACCUAUCUGGUCACCAAGCUUCAUGCCAACGUGAACGCCCGGACUUUUGCUGGAAACACACCCCUCCACCUGGCAGCUGGACUGGGAUCCCCAACCCUCACACGCCUCCUUCUAAAGGCUGGUGCUGACAUCCACGCUGAGAACGAGGAGCCCCUGUGCCCAAUUCCCUCACCCCCUACCUCUGGGAGUGACUCAGACUCUGAAGGGCCUGAGAGUGACACCCAAAACAGCUUCCGGGGUCACACGCCUCUUGAUCUCACUCACAGCACCAAGGUGAAGACUUUGCUACUAAAUGCUGCUCAGAACACCAUGGAGCCCCCGCUGGCCCCACCCAGCCCAAAAGAGUCAGAGCUGUCACUCGGGGAUGCAACUCUGCAGAACCUGGAGCAGCUACUAGAUGGGCCAGAAGCCCAGGGCAGCUGGGCAGAGCUGGCAGAGCGGCUGGGGCUUCGCAGUGUGGUGGACACAUACCGGAAGACGGCCUCACCCAGUGGCAGCCUCCUGCGCAGUUAUAAGCUGGCUGGUGGGGACCUAGCAGGUCUGCUGGAUGCCCUGUCUGAUAUGGGUCUAGAUGAGGGAGUGAAACUGCUGACAGGUCCUGAGUCCCAAGACAAGCUGCCCAGUACAACAGCAGAAGUGAAGGAAGACAGUGCCUAUGAGAGCCAGUCAGUGAAGGAGGACGAGGCGGAGAAGCUGGGUCCCCCCCCUGAGCCCCCAGGAGGGCUUUCUCAUGGGCACCCCCAGCCUCAGGUGCACUGAACUGCUGCCCACCCUCCACCCCUCUUCCCGGACCCCUCUGUACAGCAUCUUCAUUUAGUCCCAAUCUUAUUUAACAGCUCAUGUCUACACCUCAGCUGAGGUGAAUAAAGGAUUUCAUGGGAAGUGGAGGACUCUUUUCCCAACU